AUGACUGAGGGCCGUCUGUGUCAGGUUCUCCUCCUCGAUGGCAGGAAACUGGAGCUGCUGGUUCAGCCCAAGCUGUUGUCCCGCGAGCUGUUGGAUCUGGUGGCCUCACAUUUUACCCUGAAGGAGAAAGAAUACUUUGGGUUGUGCUUCAUAGAUGACACUGGCCAGAGUAACUGGCUCCAGCUGGAUCGUAAAGUCCUUGAUCAUGACUUCUCCAAGACUGCAGGGCCUUUGGAACUCAAGUUCCUUGUGAGGUUUUAUAUUGAGAAGAUCACCUUCUUGAAAGACAACACGACAGUGGAGCUGUUCUUCCUGAACGCUAAAUCCUUAGUGUUUAAUGAGACCAUCGAGGUGGAGAGUGGAAAUGUUUUCAAGUUAGCUUCAUUCGCAUUGCAGGAGGCCAAAGGAGAAUACACCAGUGCUGAGACUGCCAGAUCCGACCUGAAGCAGCUCCCACUUCUGCCCACCAGAGUACUAAGGGAGCACCCAUCUCUCAAUUACUGCGAGGACAAAGUGAUUGAACACUACAAGAAACUGAAGGGACUGACAAGAGGACAAGCUAUCGUGCAGUAUCUGGCCCUGGUGGAGUCCCUGCCGACAUACGGAGUCCAUUAUUACCCAGUGAAGGACAAGCAAGGACUACCGUGGUGGCUGGGAGUCAGCUACAAGGGCAUCGGCCAGUACGAUCUGCAGGAUAAACUGAAGCCGAGAAAGCUCUACCAGUGGAAGCAGUUAGAGAAUUUGUAUUUCCGAGAGAAGAAAUUCGCUGUCGAAGUAAACGACCCACACAGAAGAACAGUGACCAAGCGAACCUUCGGGCAGGCUGGUCUGGUUAUUCACACAUGGUAUGCCAGCCACUCUCUGAUUAAAACCAUCUGGGUGAUGGCCAUCAGUCAACACCAGUUCUACCUGGACAGGAAGACAAGCAAAUCAAACAUCUCCACCACCAGGAGUACAGGAGACAUCGCCAUGGACCUCACAGAGAUCUCCGCUCCGAGGAUCAUUAAACUUUCCAGCAUUGAGAGCAGAGACCAGCUCAUCAUGGCCAGCAACGGCAGCCUCAUCUCAGCCGGUUCCGCUGACUCUGAAGUCAGCGAGGAGCAGAAGAAAGAGAAGGUUGCCGAGUUGAAAAAGAAACAAAAACACCUUCAAGACACACUGAUGCAGAAAACUGAAGAACUGAAGAAGAUUUGCGUGAGAGAAUCUGAGCUUACGGGCAGAUUGCCUGAAGAGUAUCCCUUGGCCACAGGGGAGAAGGCACCUCACGUACGACGGCGUGUCGGGACAGCCUUCAAGCUGGAUGACCUUUUCCCAUAUGAUGAGGACCCACAUCUGAGGAACCUGGAGAGCAGGUUUGCCUUGCAGCAGAAGAUUGUGGAAGCAGCCAUCAAGUUAUCCAACGAGGGCGACCUCUGCAAAACGGUGAAGAAAAAGAGGAGAAACAACUGUCUGGAUGCAAUGAGGAAGCUGGAGGAGAUCGAGAAGGAGAUCAACGCCUACAGGAUCAAGAAAGGAAGGAAACCCACCCAGAGAGCCUCACUGAUCUUAGCAGAUGAUGUCAACCCUUCAGACCUCAGCUCUCUAUCUGACAGCCUCACUCUGGAUGAUGAGGAUGAGCUCAGUUCUCAGAGACUGCGGUCCAGAUCGGUUCAGUAUUCCCCAAGACCCCACCAUGCUGAUACUCUGGACAUCCACUACAACAACGACAGACGAACCUCCGCCAAUGACCAGCAUGCAGACAGCAGAUUAAAUUACGGCCAAGUCCAGGAAUCACUCCACUUCAGUCACCGUGAUGCCUUAUCAAGCCACAGCAGCCCGUUUAAACCGUCUUCCAGACAGCCACGUGAUGCCCGCAGCAUGCCGCCCACCCCCCUCCUCACCCGCAACGCCUACAGCAGUACCCAGCUCAGAUCAGAAGAUGUUCCACAACAUUUCCGCCAGCGCAGCGGCAGUCUGGAGUCCCAGUCUCAGCUCAUGACGGAGACCGAGCCUCCAGUGCCAACGUACCCCUAUUCCCCGGCCAGACGCAGCAACAGCACCGAGGUCCUCGAUGACGGCUCCUCCUACACAAGCCAGUCCAGCGUUGAGUACAGCGUCCCCGGUAACCCCGCUAACAGGCGCAGAGUUCGCGGCCGCCACAGAAAAGACCUGUACGCCAACACAGGCAGCAUGCCCAACCUGGCUCAGCCGGACCCCCGCUACAACGGCUACCAACAGCGGGCCAGACCCACCACGACAGCCUACUACGUGACGGGCUAUCCCAGCUACACGGAACCGGAGCCGUACGCUAACGGAGCCUACGUGUACGACAACGAGAUGGAAGGACACUAUAACGUUAAUCCAUCGUACCACCACGCCCCGGCGGCUUACCACAGCCACGACAUGCACAGUCACUAUCGCAACGACGAGUUAGACGGCAUGUCGCAGAACUUGUACGCCACACUGCGGCCGCCCCGGCAACGCCAGGCGCCCCGCGGCAACGAGCAGGGCGGCCAGAACGUCCAGAAGGCUAUGGUUGCUGAGCACUUGAGAGGCUGGUACCAACGCAACGCGGCACCCAAACAGGCAGCAUACAACUACGACUACGACAGAGGCUCUCAGCAGAGCCUGGGCUAUCAGACCAUGCCUGCACCGCACAACAGCCACAACAGCAGGAGCGUCUACUCCUCAGUGUCCUCAGUGUCCUCUAGCGUAAACUGGCGCGGCCACAUGAGUGUUGGUGGUGGUAUGUCGGAAUACAACAUGCCCGUGCAAGCGCCGCAGACCUACUCCUACAGCACAGCCCCCUACACCCACUCCGCCCAUAACAGAUAUGACGCCUCCCAGCUUUUUAAAGGCCCCUGGCACAGCCCCGAUGGCCGGAGGCGCUGUGCUGUUUUCCCUGCUAGUUCUUCCUCCUCAGCUUCCUCCUCCACCUCUUCCCUGCCCUCCUCCCCCACCCCCUUAUCCUCCACCUACUCCCCCGGCUGUCGGGUCAGGCAGGUGGCCUCCAGCCCCGCGCAGCCACAAUCCUCCAGAGGGCACAGGCUCAAUAAGGUGUCCUUUGCUCAAGGUAGUUCAUAGUAAGUAAACAGCAACGGCCGGAGCCUGUGCGUUUGCUUCUUCAAGUUUGUCUGCAACGUGACUCCGUAGUCUGCUUGUUGAUGUUUUUGAAGUGAACUUUGCAUUUUUUUAGACGUUUGACUGGUCUUUCUUUCAUUGUCAUGUAUGAUGAAGUAACUGCAUGGCUUCCUUUUUUUAAAAAAAAAAAACAUGCCUGCCCUACUUCCACUUCCAGCUGGCAUAAUGUCAUCCAGUGGUCACAUUUCUCUGCCGUGUGCCUUUACAAAGUUUGUUUGCCUCUACUGUUGGCCUUCCUCUUGGCCCCUGUGCAGAGACUCCCUGCCCGUGUGCUGCCACUCACCCUUGACCUUUGCCCCCUCUCAU